GAGACUAGACCAUCCUGCUUCUCCACAUGGACCAAAACACCUCUGGUCCCCAAAGAAAGGGGACAGCAGCUCCCAACAACAGACAAAAUAAAACCCGAGAGCCUCUGAAAGUGACCUCCAGCCACCCAGAUGACACCCAAGGUCAUCAGGUCAACACACAAGCACCUAAGCCCAUCAUCCAUACUCAAGAACUCAACAAGCGGGACCCAUCAGCAUCCACACCUAUGGCCCGAAGGGUGAGCAUCCAGGAACCACCAACAUCCUUCUUUUUUUCUCGGAGGUUCAGCACCCCGGUGUCUUCCUCAUCCACCAUUCCUCCUCGAAGGUUCAGCACUCAAGAGACCCAUUCUCAGAGUCUCCAGCUCAAUACAAAAGACAUACAAUCUGAUGCCUACAAACGCUGGCUCCGUUCCAGAGAGGGCUCUUCCCUUUACCGUAAUGGCCAGCUCAACUUCCUAAACUCUCAUACCCUGUGUAGCAUCCACUCAGAAGUCUACAGCUUACAAACCGACACUGACAGCGACCUCUCCUUGGCCCAGUCACACAAGUCCACCAGAAAACAAACACGGCCCAGUGUGGAUGUUCCCCCGUCCAUAACCUUCAGCCCAGAGGCCAGUGUCAGAAGUUUUGAGUCCUUUGUCUGGGACUCCAAGGACAGUGUGACGGGAUUUUCACACUAUUCGAUGUCCAGUCAGAGUACUCUAGGCAGUUUCCUCAAACUGUCAAACAGUUCUCCCACAAUGGGCUCCAGUAGGAUACAGAGCAAACGCUGGUCACUGCUGCCCAUGGGCUGGAGACUGUUGCUGGAAGCCAAGAAGAUUAGCCGGUACCUUAGCCUGGUGCUGACCGUGACCGGCAUGCUGAUGCUCAACCUCAUUGCCUUGUGGCAACCCUGGAUCCAUUUCCAAGUGCCUCUAGUGCCCCCAGGGGACCCCACGGGCCCCAAAACCAUCCCCAUCGACACCAUCUUCUUCAUGCGCUGCCCUGACAUCUCCUGCAUGAAUGAAUAUGAUAAGAAUGCGUACUUGCUGGACCUGGCCUGGGCUUGCCUCCUCAUCUCCGGUGUCAUGAGCUUCUGUGUGUGUAUGGGUCUCAUCAGCACCAUAUUCUUCCCCAGCACCAACAUGCCCUUGAUGGACUUCUCUCUCUUCAUCUGCAGCCUCAUGACAGGGAUCAGCAUCAUUCUGGGGGUCCUCUUCUACCUGAUGCAAGCCCGCAAGUUCUUACAGGAAGGCAUGACCUACAUGCUGGGGAGAAGCUUCUACCUGGCCUGGAUCGAUGUCUUCUUCUUCUUCAUGACCGGUCUCUUCUCCUAUCUGAACUACAUGAACUUCUGGUCCAUCCUGGCAGUCCAGGCCUUGUGGUCUUAA